AUGCUCAGCACCGAGUUCACGUUCAACCUGACUGAACCGAUCAGAGCGGGCAAGGUUACCAUCGGCUACUUUGACGGCGUCCAUCCGAGCAUCGUCGCCGUGACACGCUCUGAUAAGAUCUUUGUGCACAAUCCACACAAUCGUUCAGUGUACGACCCGGACAGCAGUGUUUCCAGCAGCAGCAACAACACUACCGCAGAGAAUGGAGCUGCAAUGGGUCAGUUCACUACUGCCAGCAGCGGUAAUGAUCUUGACUUUCUUAAUAUUAAUCAAACAAUUACUUGCCUUGCUGCGGGUCCGAUCUCCUCGAGCUCACAUGCAAUGAACAACGCUGAAACGAAGAACAACUCUUCUUCCUCAUCAUCAGUAGUGGGCGCCGGCAAACAGUCAGGUGGAGUGGUCCGUCGAAAGUCGACACUGCGGCAGAAGAACCAGCUGAACAAUGAUGUCCUGGUGGUGGGCACGAAGACCUCCAUUCACGUGUACGACAUCCUCCACAACAGCGACCUGUACUACAAAGAGAUUCCCGAUGGAGCAAACGCCGUGGCGAUUGGUCAGUUUGGAAAGGUUUCCGACGGCAACUUAGCGAUGAUUGGCGGCAACUGUGCAAUUCACGGCUUUGACCGGGAUGGCAAUGACGCCUUCUGGACUGUGACGGGCGACAACAUCAGCGCCAUGGCACUGGUGGACAUCGAUAAUGACGGCCAGAAUGAGCUGGUCGUCGGCUCGGAAGACUGCGAAAUUCAGGUGUUCAAAAAGGACGCCAUCAUCUUCGAGAUGUCCGAGACGGACAAGAUCACCUGCCUUUGCUCGCUGGGACCGCAGCUGUUCGCCUACGCCCUGGCCAAUGGCACCGUUGGCGUGUACCAGACAAACGGCGAGCGGCUAUGGCGCAUCAAGUCGAAGAACAAUCCGGUGACGCUGCUCGGCGCCGAUGUGAACAAUGACGGUCAGCUGGAGCUGCUGACCGGUUGGUCAAAUGGGAAGCUGGACAUUCGCGUGGCGCACACCGGCGAGGUGAUGUACCGGGAGAACUUCAAGUGCUCCAUAGCCGGCAUCAUGAUCGCCGACUACAACAUGGACGGCAAGAAGGAGCUGAUUGUGUGCACCGUCGCCGGCGAGGUGGUCGGCUUUCGGCUGGAGUCACACGAAGAACGCCAGCAGGUGCUCAGCUCUAACUUUGAACAGGACUCUAUUCGCGAGUUGAUGAAGCGCAAGCAAACGCUGACGCAGGAGCUGCGCAACUACGAGGAGAACUACCGCAUACAGAAUAUCGUCGACCCGCCGGUGGUGCUUAAUCGCGGAAAGAUGCUCAGUGAAAAGGGCGACGUCUACGGGGCCAUUCCCGCCAGUACCAAGAUUAAGUCGUCCUUGCUGCUUAGACAGGGCGAUGAGGUUUCCACG